AUGCUGAUAAUUAUAAAAAUUAUGGGCUGCGAAUCAUCAAGAGAACAUUAUACAAAAGAAGAAACCUUAAUUACUAAUGCAGAAGCUAGCCUAGGUUUCUCUAAUUGCAGUGCAGAUAUAGUCGACCUUUGAAUCCGAAAAUAUUCCUCUGACGGGACUAUCAACACUGAGCAAAUGAAAGACAUUUUCCAAGGCUGCGAAAUCAGCAUGAAAAGGCCUCUAGAAAGCUCCAAACUCCUGAAUUGUUUCAGAAGAAAAGACAACACAUACACACUUAAGCCUUUUUUAAUUUUCGGAAUCCUAUUGAGCACUGAUCUCCACAACAAAAAAUCAAGUCUUCUAUUUGAAGUUUUCGACGAGCAUUACGAAAAUUCCUUAAAAGAAGCAGCAAUCCACCAAUUAAUUGACUAUAUGCUGAACAUUUCUAUCAACCUUUUACCUUUGAGCAUAUUGGACCAAGACUUGCCUGAUGCGAAAAUAAAUAAAGUUUUGCUAUACAGUAAAUAUCUGAAAAGCUUCCAAGAAAUUGCAAAAGAAUCAUUAAUUAGAAUGCUAGUAAGAGACGAAGUAAAAGACGAUGGGACGCUGACAAAGGUUCAUUUUAUCGAAAGCUUUGAUGUUGGAGAGCUGCAUCAUUUGCUGACGCCUCAUGGGAUAAGAUUGUAUGUAAAGAAAAUUGCUGAAACGACUUCAAAAAGCGUGGUGCUCUUAAAUAAAAGAUAUAUUCGGCAGCUUUCGGAUUCGUUUUUUGAAAACGGAACAGAGGAAAAUUAA